AUGUCAACAGGAAACAUCUCGACUGUAAACACAGAGUUUAUUCUAAUUGGAUUUCCUGGACUAGAAGGCUACCAGCACUGGCUCACUAUUCCUUUCUCUGUGAUGUAUAGUCUAGCCAUUGUUGGGAAUAUUUUGCUAAUUUACAUUGUUAAACUUGAACCUAAUCUACAUUCACCUAUGUAUACUUUACUUUCUGUGUUGGCAAUGGUAGAUAUUGGUUUAUGCACAUCUACAAUCCCUAAAAUGCUGCAGAUUUUCUGGCAAAAAGUCACCAGUAUUUCUUUUGAAGGAUGUUUUAGUCAAAUGUUCUUCAUUCAUGUCCUGUCUUCACUGGAGUCUUCAACACUGGCAGUAAUGGCUUAUGACAGGUAUGUUGCAAUAUACAACCCCUUGCUUUACACAACUAUAUUGACUACAUCUAAAAUAGCUAAAAUUUUGGGGGCGCUUUUUGUAAGAUGUUUUAUUUUAGCUGGACUUGUACCUGUUUUAGCAUCAAUGUUGCCUUACUGUUCAGCUAACGCUAUCCAGCAUUGCUUUUGUGAUCAUAUGGCUGUUGCAAAGUUGGCCUGUAAAGAUAUCACAAUGAAUAGUUAUUAUGGUCUAACUGCAGCCUUUGUGAUAAUGGGCACGGAUGUCUUGUUUAUCCUAUUUACUUAUGUAAUGAUUCUUCGAGCUGUCUCAAAGCUUGGAUCAAAGGCAGCUCGGCUCAAGGCAUUUAACACCUGUGGUUCCCAUUUGUUUGUUAUAUUGUAUUUUUAUACAACCAUGUUGUUUACUUUUGUAACUUAUAGGUUUGGUAAAAAUAUACCACCCCGAAUUCAUGUUAUGUUUGCUGUCUUAUAUCUUCUUGUCCCACCGAUGUUGAAUCCUAUAGUUUAUGGAGUGAGGACUAAAGAAAUUCGUGAGACUGUCAUGAAGGAGAUUCUGAGUCCAUACUAUAAGUGGCACCAGAUGGCCAGUGCAAACCAGCGGCUCUUAGAAGAAUUGAGGAACAGUGCUAUAAAAAGUGUUAAAAUGUACAAGGCCAUGCUCGCUCCACCAGCAUAUACUCCUCCACCCCCCAAUCCUUUAUGCCUGGUUCCCUAA